AUGUCGAACCAAGCGUCCAAGCAAGAUGUUGGGCCCGGCUCGGCAGCCUGGCAAGAGCUGCACAGCACGCUCCACGCGGUCGGCGACUCGAUCCGACGCCAAGUGGUGGGCGAAUCGUACGUCGAUCGCAGCCUCUCCAAUGCGAACGACUUUACGAUGCCCAUGCAGAAGCUGGCGACCGAGUAUGCGUGGGGAGGCAUCUGGUCUCGUCCCGGGCUGGCGCGUCGCGACCGCAGCAUCCUCAACAUUGGCAUGCUUGCGGCGCUGGGCAAGUGGACCGAGCUGGCUACGCACGUGCGCGGUGCGCUCAACAACGGCGUCAGCGAAACCGAAGUGCAAGAGUGCCUGCUGCAGGUGGCGACGUACGUGGGCAUGCCCGCCGGCAUGGAGGCCUUUCGUGCUGCCGACAAGGCGGUGCAGGAGUGGAAGGCGGCGCAAGGCACGGCUGCGGCAACGACGAGCAAGACCAGCUAG